UGAAAGUGUUGAUUUGGUAAAAGUUUAAUUUGCAAAAUGUACUUAAAGUAUCAAAAGUAAAGGUGCAUAAUGUAAAAAGUGUUAUAUCUACAUUUAUUUCACUUUAAUAGCGUCUUACUGUUGUAGUAACUAGUAACCAGUGGUUGCAGUAAUAACUCAUUCAGAUCAUUUACUCAAGUAAAAGUUACCAUAACACACUGGAAAAAUAAAGUAAAAUCCUGCAUUACAGAUGAUACUUCAGUAACAGUGUGUAAAUAUUAUAAGUAAAAUGUGCUCAAAGUAUCAAAAGUAAAAGUAAAUAAUGCAGAAAAUUAUGUUUUAUUGAAAGUUUCAUUGGCAGUAUUAAAUGUAAAGGGUACAAUGUCAAUUGUGAGGUUUAAGAAAAUAUAGAAAAAUAUCAUAUUGUGAUAUUUUCUGUCCUGAUAUUGUAUCGAUUCUCAAACUGUAUUGAUUUUUGUGAUUGAACCUCUAACAGCUGUGAUGAUGAAUGUGACAGAGAUAUUGAAUCGUAGCUCCUGUAUCGUGAUACGUAUCCCGACUGUGACCUGGUCGAAGACGCGAUCCGUCAGGUUUUACAGUGUCGGUUAAGAUGCAGCUCUGAGUGGAUCUGAGCAGCUUUUAUUUUGAAGGAUGUGUUUGCUGGCUGUGUGUGCGGCACAUAAAACUCUCUAAUGCUCACAAACAUCUUCAUUAAUUUAAGAGGCCGCCGGCGUGUGCUCCAUAUGUGUGUGUGUGUAACGUAUUAAUUAUGUCUUCAUAAACCUGGCACGCUCCUCGUACUCGGGGCCGCCGCCCUCAACCACACGCUCUGCUGGGAGCUGGAGGACGGACUCGGUGUGUCUGUGUCCUCGGUGACGUCUGAGGACGGCAGCCAACCGGAGUCCAUCUUGUUUAUGAGGCUGAUCUUUAAUGUCCUUUAAUUCUCCUUCAAAGUUCAGAUCGAGCUGAAGUUGUUCUCUAGAGACUGAAGCAAACAAUCCAGGACGCCCCGAUAGAAUAUAAAUGUUCUGCACUUAAUGAUAUUCAUUAUUGAUUAUUGUGUACAUCAUUGCUCUAGCUCAGUGGUCUGGGUGAAUACUGGAUUCUGAUUGGCUGCUGGGAGGGAUUCCUGAUGUGGGACACAUACUAAAUAGUUCCAGUGUAACUGUCUGCAGCCGUCAGUACUCGUCCUAUCGUUGGUAUUGAUUCGGGGACAAAGACCCGGCUGACAGCUGCAGAUUAUAUUUACUCUUUGUCUUGUUGUGUUUAACGUUAGCUUGCUGGCUCGUAGCGUAGCGUUAGCUCUCUGAAGUCGUAUUUAUGGUUCGUCCUAUUUACUGGAGCAGUGAACAACGUCUCCAUUGCAUUAGAAUAUUAUGGGCUGGUGAUGAUUCUUCCAGACCUGAGCUGUUACCAGGGAAACGGAGUGAUGGCUUGUAAAAAACGUAUGAAAAUGUGAAAUAAUGUGAGGACGAUGAUGCCCUUCGCUGUACGACGGUUGCCUCUGCGAAGUCCAUUAAUUCCUGAUUAUAGACACGUCAUCGGUCUUUAUUCCUUAUUUACAACAGUGGAAACCUCCCGUUAAUGUGUCAGUACUGAUGCUUCUAUAUGAGACCAUCAGAGAGAAGAUAUUCAAAUAAAUUCUGUUUUAUUUUAAAUAAGUUUGGAGAAAUGCUGCAUAUGACAGUAAGGUCACCUUAAUAAAUACCUGAUUUACUUUUACUCAGAUCAAAUAUCUUUCUUGCUUAAAUUGUUUGAGUGAAAAUAAACUUAAAUGGUUAAAGUCGGUUUCCUCAAACAGUUUGAGUUGAACUAACUCAUCAGAAGCUCUGAUGCUGUUUGAAGUACAAACUCUGUUUCCAGCUCCUCUGAUGGAGGAUUGGCUGCUCCUGAAUAUCUUUGGGCAUUUGAAGCUGCCAUUUUCUAACAUUUAAAGUCAAAGAAUUUAUCGAUUAGUCUGAAUAACAUGUCCCAAACCCUCUUCCAGGGAUUCCAUCAGGCUGUUUGUCCCUCCUCAGCUGCCGUACAGAGUUCACACCUUCCUGGUGACACAUGCAGCAAAUGGUGUUGGUGUCAGGCAGCGGACAUCUGUGUGUGUUGAGUUCACGGUCUGGAAGUCUCAGUAAGUUGACGUGUUAGGACACAAUGUCGUCCCCCCGCUGCUUCCAGCUGCUGCUGUCCUGCAUCCUGCUGGUUCUGCUGGUCCAGUUUCCUCGGGCUCAGUCCAGACCGGCCACAGAGGACACAGACACAGCCGACGCAGUGAAAUCCUCUGAAGACGAAGAAGACGAUGAGUCAUCCUCGGAGGAAAACAAACUGUCCAACGAGCUGUCAACAAGCAACGAGAAGCUCCAGCCGUUGGCGCCGCAGUGGGUGAUGCCAGAGAAGAUGGAGAAGCAGCUUCACGCCGUUCCAGCCAGCAGGACUGUGAAGUUUCGAUGCCAGGCAACCGGAAACCCGGUUCCCUCCCUGCGCUGGUACAAGAACGGGAAAGAGUUCAGGAAGGACCAAAGAAUCGGAGGGUUCAAGAUCAGAGACCACAUGUGGACACUAAUAAUGGAGUCAGUGGUCCCGUCGGAUAAAGGGAACUACACCUGUGUGGUGGAGAAUGAAUAUGGGAGUCUCAAACACACCUACCUGCUGGAUGUAGUUGAGCGUUCUCCUCACAGACCGAUCCUGCAGGCCGGUCUGCCGGCGAACCAAACCGCAGUGGUUGGCAGUGACGUGGCAUUUGUGUGUCGCGUGUUCAGCGACCCGCAGCCUCACAUCCAGUGGCUCAAACACAUCACUGUCAAUGGCAGCAGAGAGGGACCGGACGGACACCCGUACGUCCUCAUUCUCAAGACUGCAGGUUUGAACACAACAGAUAAAGAAAUGGAGGUUUUGACUCUGAGGAACGUAACUCUGAACGACGCUGGAGAGUACACGUGCCUGGCGGGAAACUCCAUCGGGGUGUCUCAUCACUCUGCGUGGCUCAACGUGGUCGAUGACCUGCCCCCCGCCCCGCUGCCCUCGCAGACGUACUUGGAGAUCUUCAUCUACUGCCUCGGGUUUUUCAUCAUAAUCAUCCUCACGGCCACAGCGGUCAUCUGCAGACUCUGCUGCGCCCCGAAGAAGAGCGAUUUCAACAGCCAGUUAGCCGUCCAGAAGCUAGCCAAGAGCAUCCCUCUGAGGAGACAGGUGUCCGUCGAGUCCUCGUCCUCCCAUCAGUCCGGGAUGUGUUUGAUGCGUCAGUCUCGUCUCUCCAGCGCGGCCACCACCAUCCUGGCAGGAGUGUCGGAGUACGAACUUCCCUACGAUCCUGCCUGGGAGCUGCCACGAGACAGGCUGACUCUGGGGAAGCCUCUGGGUGAAGGCUGCUUCGGUCAGGUGGUUCUGGCGGAGGCCAUCGGCGUCGACAAAAAUAAACCAACACGCCUCACGAAGGUGGCUGUGAAGAUGCUCAAAGCGGACGCCACAGAGAAGGACCUGUCCGACCUGAUCUCUGAGAUGGAAAUGAUGAAGAUGAUCGGCAAACACAAGAACAUCAUCAACCUGCUGGGCGCCUGCACUCAGGACGGCCCUCUGUACGUGGUGGUUGAGUACGCCUCGCAGGGCAACCUGAGGGAGUACCUGCGCGCCCGUCGCCCGGUCGGGUUGGAGUACUGGAGCAACUCCCGGCAGGUCUCUCUGGGCAGUCUGGAGAUCAGGGAGCUGGUGUCUGCUGCGUACCAGGUGGCCAGAGGAAUGGCGUACCUGGCAUCGAAGAAGUGUAUUCACAGAGACCUGGCAGCCAGGAACGUGUUGGUCACCGAGGACAACGUGAUGAAGAUCGCCGACUUCGGUCUGGCCCGAGAUAUCCACCACAUCGACUACUACAAGAAGACCACGAACGGUCGACUGCCGGUGAAGUGGAUGGCACCAGAAGCUUUAUUCGACCGCGUUUAUACGCACCAAAGCGACGUGUGGUCGUUCGGAGUCCUGCUGUGGGAAAUCUUCACCCUUGGGGGGUCCCCUUACCCCGGCGUCCCCGUAGAGGAGCUCUUCAAGCUGCUGAAGGAGGGACAUCGCAUGGAGAAACCCUCCGCGUGCACGCAGGAGCUGUAUCUGAUGAUGAGAGACUGCUGGCACGCCGUCCCGUCUCGCCGGCCGACGUUCCAACAGCUGGUGGAAGAUUUAGACCGCACGCUUUCUCUCAUGGCUAACCAGGUGAAGUUUCACCUAUUAUCCAUCAGCUGAUUUCACCAAACUUUA